AUGGAAGAGGCUUGCAAAGCAGAGAAAUCAAGGGGGAAAACUCUGGAACCGUCCAGUGUGACACAGCUUCCAGAGAGCACCAACUGCCUCGCGUGCUCGGAAGACGGCAGGUACCUCGGUCUGGGUCACUCCCAGGGCUUGUCUGUGUGGCGUGCCUCUUCUCUGAUCCAUGCUGCAGACUGGCUGGAGGACGGACUGGAAAUUACAUCUAUUCAGAUGACCAGAGUGGCCGAGACCGCCUACCUGCUUGCCACUAUUGAUGAUAUGGGUGUUGCCAGAGUCUUUGCAUAUCACUGUGACAGCAUCCACCUCCUCAGUGUUGUUAACGUCAUGGAAGAUAUCAACAAAAGGAGCAUUUGCUUGACCUUUGAACUAUCUCAAGGGGGACAUUACGGAGCUGCAUUAUUCAGUUGUAAUGGUGCUGGCUGGCUCGAAGUCUAUCACUUCCCCUCAGAAACCUGGCUGAAAGAGUUAGAGAUGGCAGUCUCCAAGACGCAGGAAGCAAACUCUUCUCCAGAUGUGGGUGUAAAAUGGUCUCCAUUGUCAGCGGCAACUAUAAUCAAGCCACACAAAAUUCCAGCAGGGACAGCAUUAGAAGGUCCAGAGAAGGUGCAGACAACAGACUUUUUGAUACACUAUUUGGCUGUGGAUGUAGACAACAUGAGUCGCCAAAGGGAGGAACAGUCUUUGAAUACAGAUGAAGAAAAAACAAAAGAAAGAAAUGAAUGCCCAAGACGUUGCACCCAGCACUUUCUUCUGCCUUGUGGUCAGUUUCCUGGUGACAUUAAAGCAAAGACUCAGCCAGAGUUGCCUGUUGCUGUCUGUGUGUGGUGGAGUGGCAGUCACAAUCUUCUUCACUAUUUGCUGCAAAAAGCACAAAAGAAAAAACCCGCGGAUGUUGAACCCUUGCCAGAUGUAGUGUGGCCAAAUGCGAAGGAAAUCCUCUGCUCUGCUGUCAGUAGAUGCACCCGUUACAUAGCUCUUGGGCUCAAUAAUGCUUUGUUGUGUGUCUGGGACAGACAAUCUGGGUCUCCACUGUCUGUUAUCUUAAUGUUAGCAACAGACAGUGCCUUCUUCAGGGUGCAGUUUGUGGAUUACUGGCCUGUGUCUACUGAUGCUUCCCAGACUUCUACUGCAGCAGAAGUCCAUGUUUUGGUGGUGUGUAAAAGUGGAGCAAUUCACACAGUCACCACAGGACGAGGGACUCAGUCCUGCACAAUGCUGCUCAGUGAAAGGCCAAAAGACAGUGGGGACCUCCCAACUAUCACUGCAUCAGUGCCGUUCCUGCGAAACUUAUUCCUUGAGAUGCAAAGAAAUGGAAAAAUGUUCCUGCAAGAUGUCAUCAACAAAAACAUUGUAUGCUUCUUGAUUCCUCCCAAAACUCAUUUGCUUGCUACUCCCUGCAAUCCUGUUUACGCUCUGAACAUCAAACAGCAAACUCUGUACAUACGAGGGGAUCUGGACCUCAGCUACAGAACGUCUUCUAAUGAAGACAGCCAGAGUCAGCUUCUCAUCUUCCAUUUUGGAGAGUCUGACAUCCUUAAACAGUAUAUUGUUUCACCUCCAGAGUCCUCACGACAACAAAAAACACUGAGCUUUGUCACUCUAGAGGAAAACUGCAAUCUCUACCUUCAGCAAAGAGCACUGUCUGUAGAUGAAAGGAACAAAGCUAUCACACAAACAUGGAAGCAACUAGAGGAAGCUGCAAUGAUGGAACAACAGAGACACAGCAGAGCUGCAGCCAGCUGA